AAAUCUUAUCUGUAUUUAUACACUGCUAUAUAAACACUUUGCGCUUUGAACCAGGAUAUAGUACAUUCUAAGAUGUCGGACUACCUUUGUAAAGAGCAGAAUGACACUGUAUACUUCAAGGAGGACCCAGGGGUGACAGAUGCCAUCUUUGUUGUGGAGGAUAAGGAAAUUCAUGUGACCAAGUCAAUUCUAAUGCAAGCCUCUCCUGUGUUCCGUGCCAUGUUCACGUCUGACAAGAAGGAAAUUAGAAUACGAUUUCCUGAACAGAAAUACGAAAAUUUUGUUUUGUUUCUGAGAUGUUUUUAUCCAGGAGAACAUGUUAAACUCAAUGAUUCCAUUCUUGAACAAGUUCUUCCCUUGGCAAAGGAGUAUAGAGUGGACUCCUUGAUGAAGAUUGGACAUAAAUGGUUACAAAGAGAAGCAAGAUCACGAAUGGCUGAUGUUUCCUUCGUUAUGAAAUGCUUUUAUUUCGCAGUAGAGUUUGACCUUAAAGAACUUUAUGAAGAAAUGUUCGAUCACCUGGAGUUUGUCGAGUUCAGUGAAUACACGAACAGUACGUUUUAUGGGAAACUUCCAUCAAAAUAUAAAGCAAUGUUACUUGAAAAGCACUGCUUCUGGAUUGAAAUUGAAGGAUUUGUAAUAAAACGUGAGAAUGAGGGGCUCAGCAAAACGUUUCUGGAAAUCAAAAACCAAUGUGAGAGACAAGGCAAAGCAGUCUCUCGUCUCCAACUUAUGAUUAGCAGGAAUCGUUGUUCCAAAUGUGUCGUGUUAAAAUGAAUUUGUAAUUUUUAAAGAAAAGCUUAAGGUUCUGCUUAU